AUGCCAGCACCGGUGGCCAAAAACCGGAACUGCGACGUGCACUCCAUCCUGAUCCAAUCCGACCCGACAACCGACAACCAUCACUUUUGCUCCUCCGUGGUGAUCAUGGCUCAGUUCGCCCAUCAAAGCUGUGACAGCGCAUCCCAAAACCAAAACUGCAUACGUGCCAUGACCCUGGCGGCCCGGUUUUCGGGGGCCAAAGGUUCGGCCUCCAGCCGAGGCCUGUGGUCUGGCAGUGCGAGCCUUCGGACACGGGCAGCAAAGAUCUGCCUCGCCGUGGCGAUCUCAUGGGGCUCCGGGCUACCCUUUGCGGGAAGUGCGGGCCGCUGCCAGCCCCGGGCAAAUCGGAGCGGCGCCGGGCGUGCGGCAGAAGAUACGAUGGGCGAGCUGUUCACGAAGUACUACCGCCUCCAGGAGGUGAAUCGGAACCUGGAGGCAGACACGAAGGUUGCUGUGGUCUCCGAACUGCUGGAGGUCCUGGAUGACCUCGAGCGUGGGGCAAGCCAGGAUGGCAGCACUGGCGGAGUGUCCACUUUAAGGAGCCUGGCCGACAAGUUCCAAAGCCGGCUGGAGUCACUCGGCUUUGAGAGGAUAAAGGCCAUGGGAGCUGUUUUCGAUCCAGCCGAGCACGAGGCCGCCUCGCAACGCGCGGCAGAGGGCCAGGCUGAAGGCACAGUCUGCGAGGAGUUGAGGUCUGGUUGGAAGCUGAGUGACCGCAUAGUUCGGCCAUCGGUGGUCAUCGUGGCAUCCUGA